AUGAAUUUCCAGAUGAGUUGCAAGGACUUCUACAGCUUUGUGAUUGCCCAGAAGCAAGUCAUGACUUUGGCAAAAUCAUCAAAGAAGUACGAGACUUCUGGCACGUCCGAGAGCUCCAGGAGCCUGAAGGCCCAGGCCCCACAGCAGCUCAUUCAGCUCCAUGUUGAGGAGCUGGAUCGGCGAGAUGAUAAAACUGUUCGGCUUUCCAAUGAGAUCUCGGACGGUGAGAAAGAAGCCAUUAUGAAUAGAAGGCCAAAAGUACUGGCAUGCCUCAAGAGCCUUGGCAUUGCCUGUGAAGAGGAUAACACGCCCAAUGUCGCUGUCCUAGGAUCAGGCGGAGGUCUGCGGGCCAUGAUAGCCCUUCAGGGAACCUUGGUGGAGAUGAAGAAUCAGGGUCUUUUGGAUGCUGUCAUGUAUCUGUGUGGGGUAUCAGGGUCCACCUGGUGCAUGUCUUUCCUCUACAAAGAGAAGGAUUGGACAGAGAAAUUGCAGGUCUUGGAAGAAGAACUGUGCGAUACACUUCCCAAACCUCCAUGUGAUGUUCUAAAGGCGUUUUCUAUCUUGUGCCAGGCAGCUGAAGAUGAACUCUUCUCUCUGACCGAUGUCUGGGCAUUUUUUGUCUUCCUUUUCAUGUUGAAGAAGUGUGACCAGACCACGUUAUCUCAACAUGAGGUCGCCUCCACAAGUGGGACGAAUCCUUACCCCAUCUAUGCAGCAGUUGAAAUGAAGAAAUUGCACGAAGAAGGUGGAAACAGCCCAGGGACCUGGUUUGAAUUCACCCCCCAUGAGUGUGGCUUUCCUGGUCCAGGGGCAUUUGUGUGCACCAAGUACUUGGGAAGCAAAUUCGAGGAUGGAAAUUUGAAAAAACAGAGGGAAGAGAAAAAUAUCCACUACCUGCAAGGUUUAUGGGGAAGUGCCCUUGCAAGCCGUCAACAUUUACAAGGUGACCCCAAAUCCAAAUCUCCUGUCUUCACUAAGGACAAAAUCAUCAGCUUGAUCGAUUCCUGGACUGCCAUAAAUUCUGCCUACCCCCUUGUUCUGCGCGGAGAGAGGAAAGUGAAACUAAUCCUCUCCUUUGACUUCAGCGAUGGGGAUCCUUUCGAGACCAUCAAGAAAACUGCCAAGUAUUGUGAGACAAAUAACAUCCCAUUUCCCAAGAUAGAUCCAGAAAAGCUGGACCCAUGUCACCCCUCUGAUUGCUACAUCUUCAAAGGAAAGGACGUUCCCAUCGUCAUGCACUUUCCACUCUUCAACAUCAAAAAUUGCCCAGGUGAAAUAGAGCACUUCAGAAAGAAGUUUUCCUUCUCUCAUUUAGUCUACACAAAGAAUGAUAUUGAUGAACUCCUCGAAAAAGCAAAGAUGAAUGUAUCCAACAACAAGGAGAGGAUUUGGGAGGCGAUCCAGCGGAUUGUGUCCUCCUCCACCAAGGAGUUUUAAAACCACGUCUUUGUUCAAGAAGGGCAGAAAAUAUGUGCCUGGCUCUGGCCAGCACAUUUCCUGUGAUGUUGUAUACUGUGACCUCUUAGAACCUAAGUGCAGCACAGAGUAGUUAGUUUCCCUGGGUUAGAUUCACUAAAGGAUUUAGGCACUCUGAGAAUCACAAAACUCUUGCUCAGCUGCUGUAGAACCCUGUAGUGUCCAAACUCUCUCAGCACCAAAGUUGUUGCAGUGAAAUUUCCCUAGGUGCUUAUGUUUCUACCUUGGGGCAUGUGCACUGCAGCCACCAUCUCAGUGUCCAGGUGCCGAAGCCCCAGAGUAAUUCCCGCCCCAGGAAAGGCACGUGUUCCUCCCUACUUCACCUGUGGGGCCUGAGCCCUGGUGCAAGAAGUAGGAAGAUGGCCUCCCUCAGAGCUGUUAGCCCAGUAGUUAGUGUGCUCACCAGGGAUGGAGAAGACCCCCAGGUCAAGUCCCCUGCUUGCCUCAGUGGAAGGAGGGAUUUGAAGAGGGAUCUGCUACCUCUGAGGUGAGUGCCCUCAUCACCAGGCAGUGGGAUAGUCUCCUGGCGGGAGCGGGGGGCUUCAUUUCCCCCCCCCCCCCAUUGAAACUGUUCAACUGCGGAUUAAAGAAUUAAAGGGAAAUUUGGCCAGAAAGAGAGCGAGAGCAAGGGUGAGAUUCUGAAGGCUGCAGCA